GUAUUUCUGCUAUAAGUACCCAUCGCAGCGGACCAAACUAUCCAGCUUGAGUUUCCGACACGAAACCGACGAUGCAGAAGGGAACAGGCGAGACAAUGAGGACUGACGACAAGAGCAUCGAGGACAAGAGAACUCCGCCGAUCGUCCACGCUGUUAGCCAUGAAGGCGAGACUCGGAAGAUUGUGAAGAAGACGGGAAUGAACCCGCGCCAUCGACACACGAUCAAGUACUUAGAGAAGAAGCUGGAGGACAAGGGAGUGUAUCGUAUGGAGAGGCACCCGGCCGACGGGCGAGGGAUUGAGCAACAACCACCGAAGUCCGGUCACGGUGGGAAGUACACGUGGGAGGGUCCGGAUGACUUAGCGGACAACGAGCUGAUGGCAGCGCCGCCAGCGAUUGACGAGAAGGAUCCUAACUAUGCAGACGAGGAGGAAGAGGAGAAGAUAUUGAAGGGUGAGGAAAGUGACGUGGCGGGGAUGGUGGUAGGCGUGGUGGAGGUUGCGAAGGUGGCAGAGGAGAGAGAGGGAGUGGCUAGGGUUGAGGUUGAUCCUCACUUGGAGGUUAACUGAUGGAACAUACUGUUCUUGCAUGUAGAUGUUGUCUGAACAAUGUACUUCUAUAACCAGAAAAGCUUAAACUGUUCUCGCUGUGGAUUGAGGGCUUAAUUGUUACAACAAAGUAAUAAUGGAUGUAUUUUUCCCUUCUUGAAAGAUCUGUGACUGCGAGGGCUGAAAAUUCCAAUUCU